GACGCCAACCCUUGGCAAAUGGCAUACCAUCCAUUUGAUUCACAUAUUGAUAAUAUUUGUAGUAAAAAAAUGGCUCUUCCAGCCAAACUUCUUCUACUGGCUUGCCUGAUCCUAUCCUCGGCCUUAAUCCAAAUCUCUGAGGCUGGUGAAGGUGGCAUAUCCAUCUACUGGGGUCAAAACGGCUAUGAAGGAACUCUUGCCGAAGCAUGCAAUACUGACCUCUAUGCUUACGUAAACAUUGCCUUUCUUAUCCAAUUUGGCGGUGGCCGAGACCUGGUACUCAACCUUGCAGGCCACUGUGACCCAACGUCGAAUACUUGCAUCAAAUUUGGGCCAGAAAUAAAGACUUGUCAGAGCAAGGGCAUUAAGGUCCUCCUCUCCAUCGGCGGAGCUGUUGGAAGCUAUUAUCUAACAUCUGCUGAUGAUGCCAAAAAUGUUGCAAACCAAAUAUGGAAUUCCUAUCUGGGUGGUACCGACCCAUCUGCUGUACGCCCUUUUGGAGAUGCUGUUUUGGACGGCGUAGAUUUCGACAUCGAGGGUGGAUCCAACCUAUAUUAUGACGAUCUUGCACGUUCCUUGAAGGAAUUAUAUGACCAGCAAACAACAAAAACCUACUAUUUGGCAGCAGCUCCUCAGUGUUUCUAUCCUGAUUAUUAUCUUGAUGCAGCCAUUAGGACGUGGCUUUUCGACUUUAUUUGGGUUCAGUUCUAUAACAAUCCUCCGUGUCAGUAUAGUAGUAAUGAUGGUGAUGUAAGUAAGCUUUUAAAUUCAUGGAACAAUGAUUGGGCUACGUCGCUUAAGGCUAAAGAGAAGCUGUUUAUGGGAUUACCGGCGUCCUCCGCUGCUGCUGGAAGCGGGUACAUGCCGCCUGAUGUGCUGAUCAAUCAAGUUCUUCCGGAGAUACAAAAUGCGCCAAAGUAUGGGGGUGUGAUGUUAUGGUCCAGGUACUAUGAUGUUGUGAAUGGAUACAGUCCAAACAUUAACCCCUAUAUUAAGAAUGCAAAUAUACUAUUACCUUCUAUGCGUAUGCAUGAAAAAUAAUCCACCAUUAGCAACCGUAUAAGUAUGAAUGAGUGACUUGUACCCUGAAAUAGUACCAAAUAAAUUGGGUACUACUGUGUAUCACUCUUUUUUUAAUAAAAUUUGGUGGGAAAUGUUUAUUUUAA